AUGGAUAAAAAUGCAGGAUCAACAGUCUCAGCAGAUGCUAUGCCAAUAGAAACCGUCGAGUCUUCACAAUCUGAAAUCGAAAUGAGCAAUGACGUUAAACUGCCCCUCCGCACCGUCGCCCGUCCCCUCUCUGGAACCUCCUCAACAAUCUCGAAAGCCCUCAGAAAUACCUUCCAGCGCAGCCCCGCGAGAUUUGGCAAAUUCUCACUCCUUCCCGCCGAAUUACGGCUAAAGAUAUGGAAAGCUGCUCUGGAGCCUCGCGUUCACGAACUCCACCCCUGCUCAAAACUGUACAACCAGCGCAUGACAUUCCGCUCCAACGCCUCACAAACACCCCCAAUCUUCCACGCCUGCCAUGAAGCCCGCCAGCUCGCGCUCAAACACUACCGACUGAUGAGAUAUGAUCCCGUGGGCGGAAACGGUUCUGGCAAGGGGAUUCUGCGCUUUUACUUCUGCCCGAAGCUUGACACCCUGCUGUUGAAUAGCUUGAUGGGGUUGUUCGUGAUGUUUGUGUUAUUGGAGGAGCAUACGAGUCAUGUGGGCACAAUGCAGGGCUGGGAGACUGUCGCGUUCGAUGCGGAGAGGGCCCAGCUUAUUACGCUACUGAGUGGGAUUCCUGGGCACAAUGUACAGCCUAGGAUCAAGGAGCUAUUCCCGGAACUCAAACGACUUGUUAUUGCGUUUGAUUACAAGAAGAAUGGGAAGACGAGGUUCAGGACUAGUGUUUGGCCAGGGGAGAAUGGGACCUCUUUGAAGUCGUUUCCAUGGCCUGUUAUUGAGACUUCCCAAUUCGAGGAGAUUUUUAAGCCGAUGAGACAGUUUCUGGUUAAUGACUAUGAAGGGAAAGGGGAUGUUCCUGAAAUGAUUGUUGCGAAAGUUAAGAGGAAGCAGUUUAUCAGGGGGGACGUUAGGUAUGUGUUUAGGAAGGGUUGUGCGAUGUUGCGGAUUCAUCCGAGAGGGGUUUUCAGACGGAUUUGA